CACAGUGUCUUCUUUCUCCAUAGUCUCCCUGUUGUUGUCAUUGAAGUUCGUUUAUUUCUCACUCUCCCAAUGGCCGUAUGGGUCAUCGAAUGCUGAACCCUAGGACUCUCCCAUAGCGGCAACUGCGGGGUAUCGGUUGAACAUAAGGGAUCUUUCCAAUUUGAGCGAUCGCCAUGGAUGUCCGCAAAAAGAAGAGAAAGGUCCUCUUGAUGGGGAAGAGUGGAUCGGGGAAGUCAUCUAUGCGGUCGAUCAUAUUCAGCAAUUAUGUUGCUAAGGAUGUACGGCGAUUGGGGGCUACAAUUGACGUCGAACAUAGCCAUGUCAAAUUCAUGGGAAACUUGACGUUGAAUCUCUGGGAUUGCGGAGGGCAAGAUGCCUUCAUGGAAACCUAUCUUGCAUCACAACGUGGGAACAUCUUCUCAGAUGUCGCAGUGUUAAUCUACGUCUUUGAUAUCGAAUCCCGUGAAGUCGAGCGCGAUCUCGAUACAUACUCCGCCGUCAUCGCCGCUCUAAAAGAAUACAGCCCCAACGCAUACGUCUUCUGUCUCGUACACAAGCUUGAUCUCAUCCAAGCUGAGCACCGCCAACGGAUCUACGACGAACGCUCCGCCCUGAUUCGCAGCCGCACCGAGCACUUCAUAAUCGACACCUUUGGGAGUAGUAUCUGGGACCAAUCUCUCUAUAAAGCGUGGGCUGGGAUCGUUCACAAACUCAUUCCGAACCUCACCGUCAUCGAACGGUUCCUGCAGGCCUUCUCCAAGCGUAUCGACGCCGAGGAAGUCAUCCUCUUCGAGCGCUCGACGUUCCUCACUGUGACCUCCGUCUCGUCCGAGAUUGGCGAUAUGAACCCUAUUUAUGACCGUCAUGAACGACUAUCCAACAUCAUGAAGGCCUUCAAGCACUGCGCUGCCCGCAACACACACACCACCCCAGCCUCGGCCGGGUUUGUCGUGAUGCAUACCAAAACCCUGCAGUUUAAUGUCUUCCUCGGCCGCUUCACAGAUAACACUUACAUCUUUGUUGUCGUGCCCCCCGGGGAGGCUGCUUACAAUUGCGCCGUGCUCAACACCAUGCUAGCCCGAGAAGGGUUCUACAAGGCGGCGGGCACUAACCACGGCGACGGUUUCCCUCUCCCAGCACCAGAGACGCCAGACGGUGAACUACACAGUAACUCUACCAACAGCUAAAACUUCCUCCCCCCCCCCCCUCUGUCCCUCCCAAAACCCCCCGAUUCGCAAGGGCCAUUUUAAAAGGAGAAUUUCCCUUCUCAUCCAUAUUUGGUAUAUGAGGCGUUGUUACUCUGGUUGUCCAAAUAGCAAGCUCUAGUCUGCCUCCCGCGCCGCCACCAUCACCAUCUAUUCCACACUAAACUUUACCUAUCCUAUACCCUCUACACUCUACGACUUUACUAAACCAGUUCGGUUUAGUUUAGUACCUUUUUGAGAUACCCAGCCUCCGAUAAUCCCAGCCCAUGGGCAAUUUUGUAUUCUUACUACACCACCACCACCACUGGCGCUAGAAUAGGUAUGAUAGAAAUCCAAAUAGCUAGCUAGCUACCUUGCCUUGCCUGGCAUGAG